AGUCCCGGUGAGUGGGACUUGGACGAGGUGCAGAAGCAGAAAUCUUCCUCAUUCCCGGAGCCAACGCAGAGCGAUUCCUGCAGCAAUCGAUGCGAACUGUUAGAGAUUAUUUAAGUUAUUUAACUACCUCACACGGUGCAUGGCUUGUGUCUUUCGUCACUGGGGAACAAACUACGAGCGGCGGUAGCUGCGCUGACACAACCGGCCACCUCUCAUCUGCGGUGACCCAGACAUCCAGAAGCAGUCAGACAACCGGACAGAAUGGCAGAGCCGGAGCUUCUGCUGGACUCCAAUAUUAGACUUUGGGUGGUGUUGCCCAUCGUCUUCAUCACCUUUCUUGUUGGGGUGAUACGACAUUAUGUAUCUAUUCUCCUUCAAAGUGACAAGAAGCUGACGCUAGAACAAGUUUCUGACAGCCAGGUUCUUAUUCGGAGCAGAAUCCUCAGAGAAAAUGGAAAAUACAUUCCCAAACAGUCUUUUUUGAUGAGGAAGUUCUACUUCAAUAAUCAAGAAGAUGGAUUCUUUAAGAAGACCAAAAGAAAGGUUGUCCCACCCUCUCCAAUGACAGAUCCGAGCAUGCUGACAGACAUGAUGAAGGGUAACGUAACUAAUGUGCUUCCCAUGAUCCUCAUCGGCGGCUGGAUCAACUGGACCUUUUCGGGAUUUGUAACAACUAAGGUUCCCUUCCCUCUCACGCUGCGCUUUAAGCCCAUGCUGCAACAAGGAAUAGAGCUGCUCUCAUUGGAUGCUUCUUGGGUGAGCUCAGCGUCAUGGUAUUUCCUAAACGUGUUUGGACUUCGAAGCAUGUACUCGUUAAUCCUGGGCCAAGAUAAUGGUGCAGACCAGUCGAGGAUCAUGCAGGAGCAGAUGAGCGGUGCUGCCAUGGCCAUGCCUGCAGAUACAAAUAAAGCUUUCAAAGCUGAGUGGGAGGCACUGGAACUGACUGACCAUCAGUGGGCACUGGAGACUGUAGAGGAAGAUCUGAUGAGCCGGGAGUUGGACUUUGAUGGCAUGUUCAGCAAGGAGCUGCCAAGCGGCAUCUUCUGAUGGCCUAAUCACUUCCAUUUGGAGGCUUCAGUUUGAAAUUUGAUCAUUUCAGGGAUUUGUUUUUGUUUUGUUUUGUUUUUUUUGUCUGAAACCACACAACAGGGACAAAUCCCUUCAUAUGCAAAGUUUACAUCAUCUGAUUUGCUGUAAUGGUCUUUUCACUUGUAUUUACCUUCCAUUCCUGUUUAAAAAUGAACUGAAAUGAAUUCAAAUACACUGGUUCUGCUGCUGCCUCAUGCAUAAAAGAGAGCACUGCUUUAUUUGAAAGGAAGAAGGGGCUGUUUUGGAGAAAUUGACUUUUUUUUUUUUUGCUUAUUAAAAUGUGUUCUUGUUGGCUUGAAACUGAAUGCAAUCAUAAUGCCAUUAAGUAAUAGAAUCUAAACUGCCUAGUGCUUCUUUUUCCUGAUAUCAUCCACAGCUAGAUUAGCUGUCUUCAUUUUGUAUGUGUAAUUUUUAAACAAAAUAGUACAUAAAACAGUUUUACAGGUCAGAAUGAUCUAUAUUUAAUAAUGCAUUAACCACCCUUUAUCACUCAAAUGUUAGGCUGUAGAUAGAUCAGGUGGAAGCAGGUCCAGAUUAGGUCAGUUUCUUUGUGACAGAAGAUAUGUUGUGUGAUUGGAAUAUUGUUUUUGAAGUAUGUAGAUGGUUUAUUUUGUAAUGUAACUCCCUUGUGUUUUGUACAGUAUAAAGUCUGUUUUGAUUCAAAAAACAGUUUUAUUUGUUGAAGUGUACAUCCACACUUUUCUGUUCAAAUUUGAAGAGAGACGUGUGGAGAGUAUACACUGUGGACAUUAACAAAACUCUUUGUCAGUUUUCUGCAAUAAAACAUAUUUCAUUUA